GUUGCUGCUGGUUUUCAUGUUUCUUACAGUUUCAUGUUAAUCAUCUUCAUCCACUAAUAUUUCACUGCAUUUUUUCAGUGUUCUUCUUCAAUCUAAGCUGGCCACUUAACAUAUACUCUUCACAAGGGCUUGUCUUGCAAGUUGAUGCAUUUUAGGACAUCUUAUUAAAGCAGUUCUGUUCUUGCACGUGAUAUCUUGUAGGUUGCUGCUGGUUUUCAUGUUUCUUACAGUUUCAUGUUUAUCAUCUUCAUCCAUUAAUUUUCACUGCAUUUUUUUCAGUGUUCUUAUUCAAUCUAACUCGACAGCUAAUUUAUUCUCUGAGGAAACAAUUAACAAAGGUUUUUUUAGUUCCCAAGUGAGUGAAAUGAUGAAUCUACCUAAAGAGAUCCUUUCUAAAGUUGAAUCUUGAGUAAAGUAGGAUUUCAUGAUAUAAAAAGUUAUCUAACUCCUCCGGAGGUUUCUCCCAGCCACAUCUCCUAACUUCAAGUGGGGUCCCUUGUAGGUUGCCAUCCCAAAAAUUGUUGGGCAUAAGUCUUCCGUGAACUAUAAUCUCAACCAGCACCAAGCUCUUGAUGAUGAGUUGGAAGACAAACCCAUGUGAUCCUUCAAACGCCUGUCUCUCCCAAAUACCCUCCCAAGUGCACACCCGAAACCUCAUUUCAGAGAUUUCCUCCCGUGCCUAUCAUCUAUAUAUACACACAUGUUAUUCCAAUGCCAUACCAAGUCCUCUUAGUCUUCUCUAUCAAAUAUUUAUCUACUUCUUUCUCUUCCAAAGUCGUUUGGGAACUUCAAUCUUUUCUGAAGUGACAACAUAUAAAUGCCUAUCCGAGUUCCAGCCAUCAUGCAUGUUAAGCAGCUUCUCCGCAGGUCUGUUCUAAGCAGUAAAGAAGCAGCUUCCACAGCUAAAAAUGUUCCAAAAGGCUACUUUGCAGUCUAUGUUGGAGAAGACCAGAAGAAGCGAUUCGUUCUACCUAUAUCAUACCUUAAUGAACCUUCGUUUCAGAAAUUGCUGCAUAAGGCAGAGGAAGAAUUUGGGUUCGAUCAUCCAAUGGGUGCUCUAACAAUUCCUUGCAGGGAAGAGGUCUUUAUCAACUUCACAUCUGGCAUAAACAGAUCGUGAUACAUGGCACUGAAAUCAAUCAACAAAACAUAUUUGUAGCCUCAGGCACAAUUACUUCUCUUUCUGGAGAAGGAUUGGAUGGCCAUUGG